CGCACGCAACUUUUGAAACGUGCGAUGGCGGAGGUGGACGCGCCCGCCGCCAAGAAGGCCAAACUGGAGGCGAGCUGCAGCGCCAACGACUGCAUCACCAUGCGCAUUGUGCGUAGCGCGGACGAGCUUAUGGCGCGAGAUGGCCCGACCUUCCAUCCCGCCUUCACGUACCACGCGUUUGGCAAGGACGAGCUCAUCUAUGGCUACACGGGUCUGCGCAUCGAGCUCACCUUUGCCGCGCAGACGUUUGACUGUCUCGUCGAGAUUCAGUACGACUCGCAAGACGACGACGCGUGGGAUCUCUUUGCCAAGAUGCAGUCCUCUCUACCAAGCGGCGCCACGCAGGACAAAGCGACAUUUCUGAAAAGCCUCGCCGAUAGCGCCUCGUACCCGCCGCCGGGCGCUCUCGUCUCGAGCUAUCGCCACAACGAGCAAGCCUUUGAGACGUACUACUCACCGCUCGACGCCCGCGGACAAGCCUACUUGGACAAGAUGCAAAAGCUGUCGCUUUGGUUCAUCGAAGGGGCCGACGACAUUGAUGUCUCGGACGCGCGUUGGUCCCUCUACACGAUGCUGCACAAGCGCGGCGAUGACGACUAUACGCCUCUCGGGUACAUAACGAUGUUCACCUUCAACCUGCCGCAGCGCGCAAUGAUGACGUCCAAGCGUAUCUGCCAAGUGCUCGUCUUGCCGCCAUACCAACGCCAAGGGCACGGCGAGCGACUUGUGGCGCACAUCAUGGCGGAAGCAAGGGCGAGCGACUCGAUUCACGAGAUCACCGUCGAAGAUCCCGUGCCCGGAUUUGCUCGGCUCCGAGAUGUGGUCGACAUCAAGACGUGCUUGGCGCACGGCUUUUUUGCGAGUGCUGCGGCGUUGGGGCUUGGAACAAGCACGCAGAAAUGCACACCCGCCGACAUUGCGCACGUCAAGAAGGCGCUCAAGCUCACCAAGCUCCAAGUGCAGCGCUGCUACGAGAUGCUCAAGCUGCGGCAUGUGGACCGAUCGAACGAGGACGCGUACAAGGCGUUCCGAAUCGAGGUCAAGCGCCGCCUCCACACGCAGCAUGCCGAGGACCUCGAGGCCGCGUCCAGUGCCGAUCGCAAGAAGGCGCUGCUCGCCAACCUCUAUGCCGACCUCGAGGCAGAGUACGACGCUGUCUUGGCGCGCGCCAAGCUGCUUUAGUCUCUUCCAGCAUGUUAAUCGCGCUGCCACAUCCAGUGGUCGCAAGAAGAACUCACAAUCAUGACGCGGACCAUUCCUUCG